AUGUUUUUUUGCUCAAUUCUUGUGCUCGCUGUGGUUGGUGAGUUGGUUUUUUUCAGGUCCCGGCUCGCGCAAAACGCGUCAGCAUGACAUUUCCUUGACACCAAAAUUUUCGUCACAUUUUUCCGAUAAUUUUGAUACCCAUAUCUUUGAUGUUUUAAAAAAAACCAAGAUUGCACGAGAAAUGCGUCAGCAACGGUAUAGCUGGCGCAUUUGUGGUGCAACGAGAAAAUCUAGCUUUCUGGGUGUCAAAAUUAUCUUCUGAAGGUUUCCAGGAACUUUUCAACAGUUUCAAAAUGAAAAAUCAAUGCUGACGCGUUUUCUGUAGGUUUACUUUGCUGACGCAUUUUCGGUGCAUACCGUGUUUGGUGUCAAAUUGAAGCCCCCAAAGUGUUGUAUCUGAAAAUAUCAUUCUUAAAAUUUCCAGAGCCCUCGAACACUUCCAAACUCCUCGAUCAAAUAUUCAACGUUCACUAUGACGUCACCAUGAAACCCACAGACAAUUUGACAGUAGUUACGGUAACUCCAAACACAUUUAUCCUUUUGGCAAUGGAUCAACAAGCUGAAACUAUACAAUUCUCCCAAGAAUUCCUUUUGGUAAGAGAAACUACAAAAAAUGCGUCAGCAAAAGGUUUGCUGACGCGUUUUUUGUAACUUCCAGAAAUGGUUUGAUCCUUUGCUUCAUUGGAAUCCGCAAGACGUGGAUUAUGAGAGAGAUUGGGUGAAGGUUCCAGCGACAAAAGUUUGGCUUCCAGAUAUCAUUUUUACCAAUGCGUGAGUGCACGAGAAAUGCGUCAGCAUUGUGUUUUAUCAAAAUUUUCAAGUUGGAAAAGAUAUAGAACAUCUAGAGCUUCCGUUUGACACCAAAUAUGCCCUAUUUUCAUGAUCUACCAGAAAUGCGCCAGCAAACCCUUAGCUGGCGCAUUUGUGGUGCAACCUGAAAACUUUAGAGAUAAGUAUAUCAAAAUGACCGGAUAAACGAGGAGAACAAGAUGCAACAAUUUUUUCAAUUUUUUCCUUCCUGACUACAAAAAAUGCGUCAGCACAUCAAAUGCGUCAGCAUUGAGUUUUCAUCUAAAAUUUUCAGGAAACGAUAGAGAGCCAAGAGAGCUUUAGUUUGACACCAAAUACGCCCGAUUUUCGUGAUCGACCAGAAAUGCGCCAGCAAACCCUUAGCUGACGCAUUUGUGGUGCAUCCUGGAAAUAUAUCAAUAUGGGUAUCAAACUGACGGGAAAAUCAUGAACUUUUUGAAUUUCAGCAUAGAAAUGUCAGAAUUGCUUUCGGAAGAUCAACAAAUGGUCGAUUUACACUACGACGGUCAAAUGCGAACCUCGCGUCCAGCCGUCAACAAAUCACCGUGUCCCCUUCAAAUCGCCGAUUUUCCCUACGAUGUUCAACACUGCAACGUAACGAUCGGACCAUGGAAUUUCGACAGGGAUGCGAUUCAAGUGCAGUCAAGUACCCUCCUGGUUUUACCCGAAAAAAAUCGAUUCGAAGGAAAUAGCGAGUGGGAACUAAUCGAUAUUCGCGAAUUUCGAAGCGAUAAUUAUGACGUCAUUAUGAAAGUGUGGUUUUCUGAAAUCACAUAUACCGUAACUCUCAAACGCAAACCGGUUUAUUAUGUUUUGGUCAUUCAGGCACCCACUUUUAUAUUGUCAGCGCUCACAGUUUUUGGCCUUUUUACUCCGAAUUCAAGCGAAGAUGAGAGAAGAACAAAGGUUGAGAUGAGUUUGAAUAUGUUUGCGGCGAUUUCGAUGAUGUUGCAAUUGGUGUCAGAUAUGAUGCCCAAAGCUUCGAGGCUUCCACUUCUAGGUGAGCUCAUUUAUGAUGUGCACCAGAAACGCGUCAGUGUUGAGUUUUAUCACCCUAGCUCACUAGAUUUGCCCUCAGCACAUCUAGAGCUUCCAUUUGACACCCCACAAACACUUAUUGUUUCCAAGGUGCACCGAAAAUGCGUCAAGGGUACCGGAAAUGCGCCAGCAUUGAUUUCAACCCCUGAAAACCCCGAUAUUUACCCUCAGCACAUCUAGAGCUUUCGUUUGACUCCACACAAGCUUCGAUUUUUUCUGCACCGAAAAUGCGUCAGCAAACCCCAAUACCCUUUGCUGGCGCAUUUCUCGUGCACACUCAAAAUCUAUCAAAAUGGGUGUCAAAAUGAUCGGGAAAAUGUUUAGAUCACGAAUUUGUUGCAGGAAACUAUGUACAUAGUGGCGCAAGUUUCCUUAUUUCCCUUCUGCACCGCAAAUGCGUCAAGGGUACUGGAAAUGCGUCAGCAUUGAGUAUCACCCCUGAAACCACUAAAUUUGCCCUCAGCACAUCUAUAGCUUUUGUUUGACACCCCACAAUCAACGAUUUUCUUCUACACCGUAAAUGCGUCAGCAAACCCCUAUACCCUUUGCUGGCGCAUUUCUCGAGCACCCCCAAAACCUAUCAAAAUGGGUGUCAAAAUAAUCGGAAAAAUGUGUAGAUCACGAAUUUGUUGCAGGAAACUACAUAGUGGCUCAAGUUUUCGUGGUAACCGCUGCGACAAUUGCGUCAAUCCUGGUUCACACAAUACAUCACCAUGUCUACACUCGCGCAAUUGCCCCACCAAAAUGGCUUCGCAAUUUGAUAUUAUUCGAGUGUUGCGGAAAGAAUAAGCGACGCGUUGCGGAAAGCCGCGCGGAAACCGCGCGGAGCCAAGACAUCACGCAGAUUUCCGCGGAGCUCCGCGUCUUCGAGCCAGUUCGCGAGGCACUUUUGCAAACUGCGAUUUUUGUACGCGAUACAAUCGCAAAAAUGUCGCGAAUUCAGGAAAAUCAACACAUUUGGAUGCGAAUUUUGGAUCGCUGCGAUUUAUUGUUGCUUGUCGCGUUUCAAGUUGCGAAUAUUAUUGUGACUGCGAUUUAUUGGAAAUAA